GAAUUAUAAAGGUUUAUUUUUGUUAUUUAUACCUUUCCUUUUUUUCCCUUUCUUCUUCCUUUUUAUCAUUAAAAAUUAUAUGAUGUCGAGUUAUGAACAACCAACAACACCUGAAAAGUUACCUGGUAUCGAUAAAUUAGCUAUUAAAUUGGAAGAGUCGGUUUUACCUUCUUCAGCUUAUUUACCUCCUCCUCCUCCUCCGACCAACUACUACAGUAAUGUAGUCUAUCAACAACAUCUGUCACCUCCUCUUACUCCAGCUGUUUCUCCUUCAUCUGUUUUAAUCGACUCGAUGCAGUUCAAGCGCAAAUUUUCUGUUGAUGUUGGUCCCUUUGGAUUCGGAACCAGUAUCCCGCAUCCGUCAUCAAUGCAUGAUCAAGACGCAUAUCGAAGAAGCUCUUGCUCAGCAGUUUCUAUCGAUUGUCAAUCAGACUACAAUCAUUUCCUUGAUGUUCAGCAGCAGCAGCAGCAGCAGCAGUCACAACAGCAGCAACAGCAACAACAGCAACAACAGCAACAACAGCAACAACAGCAGCAGCAGCAGCAGCAGCAGCAACAGCAGUACUCUCCUGCUACCAAUCAGCAAAAGAAUUCGAAGAGAGGGUCUCGUUCUCAAUUAUCUGGUCCCAACUCCCAGCAUAAACAUGCUUGUAAGCACCCUUGUUGUAUCUGGAGCUUUAAGCGUUUUGAGCAUUUAAAGCGUCACAUGCUUGUUCAUACAGGCAAAAGACCUCAUUCUUGUCACUUCCCUGGUUGUGGAAAAAACUUUAGUCGUUCUGAUAACUUCCAUGCUCACUAUCGUACUCACACUAAAAAAACUAAUUUAAUCCAAACAACCAAGAGAAAGAACUCUACUGCUCCAACUACUGUAUUUGAGGAUACGAGAACUCCGGCGUAUUUUGCUACUAAGCAACAGCAAUUGCAACAGCAGCAAUCAUUUGAUAUGACACCUUACCAAGAUAUGUAUAGUCAUGGCUACGGUUCCGAGCAAUGUGAUGAAUAUCCGAACACUCAAUAUAUGCGCAACAAUUUUUCUCAUCAACAGUUUAGUCAACAACCAAACACAGUUGAAAAUAAUACGGCAGGUGUAUCCUCUUUACUCAACCAUGAAGUAGUAAACAACAACAAUCCAUUCUAUUCUUCUGAUUACAACAACAAUAAUAAUAACAAUAUGAAUUACUAUCAACCUUAUCCUACUUCAACCAAUGAUAAUUCAUCGAUUGCAGCCGCAGUUGCUGUUGUAGCAGCGGCAGCAUCUUCAUCCUCAUCUUCAACUUCUGCAUCUAUCCCAGCAACAGCUACCACUACAACCAAUUCACGUCGUUCAUCAUCAUCUAAUAGUACUUCAUCUAACAAUAACCAACAUAAGUCCCAUAUCUGUCCAUUACCCCAUUGCCAGCGCAGAUUCAAAAGACUAGAGCAUCUAAAACGUCAUAUGCGCACUCAUACAUCCGAAAGACCUUUUGGCUGUUCAUUUCCUAAUUGUCACAAGACCUUUUCCAGAUCCGAUAAUUUAUCUCAACACAUGAAAACACAUCAAAGAGUCGAAGAUCGUCGUAGAAGACAACAAAGAAAUGAUGAGCCUAUGAAGCAACAAAAUUUACCACCUUUACAAGAACAAAACAACAAUAAUAUGAUGGUUGGUAUGAACUGGCAUAACACUGGUACUGUUGGUUGUUAAUAUAUAUGCCCCCUCUUUUUUUUUAUCCUUUCUCCUUUAUACAUAUACACAAAAAAAACAUACACCCAAAAAAAAUCUCACUUCAUUUUUUCUUUGCUCUUGAUGCGUAUAGAAAAACACUCACAUAUAUGCUUUUUUUUUUAAUCUUUUUUCAUUUUAUGAAGCAAAAAACUUCUUCUGCAUUCCCCUCCCCCUUUUUAUGUUUUCACAAUCAAAAAAAAAUCACAACAUAAUUUAUGGUUUCUUUCUUUUUUUUCCUUUUUUUUCUUUUUCUUUUUUUUUUUUCUCGUUCUUUUUUAAUAAAUAACUUAAAAUGGAUAAAAUGGAUAGGGUAUUAAAUAGUGCUAUAGUUUGAACCAUUGGUAGUCAGCAGGG